AUGUCUCGACCAUUCCCCUACACCUAUAUCUCCUGCCCCUGCGCCGAUACUCCGGUCCCCGAUCCGGCCAGGAAACGAAGAUCAAGAGAGUCUCCCCAGAAAGCGAACCCCGAUGCUCCAGGGACAGACGAAAAGGGAACAAUAAUGGAGGAUGAAGAAGAGGAACAGACGUUUGACCCGCGAUGUCCGCGUUCCAACUUCUCACUCUACCCUCCGGAACAGCUCCUUUACUGUGAAGAUUGCCAUCAGAUCAAAUGCCCGCGAUGUAUAACGGAGGAGAUUGUGUGUUGGUAUUGUCCGAAUUGUCUGUUCGAGACGCCGAGUAGUAUGGUGCGGAGUGAGAGUAACCGAUGCGCGAGAAAUUGCUUCAAUUGCCCUAUCUGUACUGCACCGUUGGCAGUAAGCACACUGGAGAAUGUCACAGGAAACGGGACUCAGCAAGGUCCCUGGGUGCUUUCCUGCGGGUAUUGCAUGUGGACAACUUUGGAUAUUGGAAUCAAGUUCGACAAACCCACGAACAUCCGAACACAGCUCUCGAAGUUGACAGACUCGACCUCUCGAGGGAGGCAGAUGUCCAAGUCCCUCGGUGACCUCAAGUCGCCUCUAUCUACCUACGCUUCCAUUGAUGAACAUCUCUCGGCCGCUGGUGAUAACGGAGGCCCUGACCAGUCUGCAGAUGCCAGAUUCGCGGCCCUGAAGGGCUUUUACAGGAACCAGAUCGCGGAAACUAGUACAUCGCCUGCUGAUCCUCUGGGUACAGAUUUUGCAGGUGGGUUCUCGUCACCUGGAGCGCUGAACCGUAUCAUGUCGCUCUACACAUCAUCGUCCCGGUUGAGCAGCCUCUACAACAAGAAACCCAAGUCCAAGCCUCCAGUGAUGAGAGAGGCACUCACGGCCAGCGAGGGUCUCAAGGUUCCAGCGCCUAAUGCAGAAGACGCGGUGGUUCGACGAAUGGCUUCUGACGAGUGCGGAUGGGAUGGUGUCGCUUCUAUCGAACAACGUUCCUUCCAGUCCCCCGACGCCCGAUUCGUGGACGAUCUUCUUCCUUUGCCUGUGCUGCUUCGGACCAAGCGCUCUAAACGUUGCAAGUCUUGCAAGCACAUCCUCGUCAAGCCCGAGUUCAAACCGCAGUCGACCCGUUUCCGUAUCCGCCUGAUUGCCCUCAGUUACAUACCUCUUGCGACUCUACGACCACUCACUAUCUCUCCACCCCAAGCAGGAUACCCAACAACUGCCCCCACUGUUCCCAAUCUCGAUUGCCUGCCGCCCUUGAAACCGGUCCAGCUCCUCCUUACCUUGAAAAACCACAUGUUCGACCCCGUUCGAGUGACCCUCGCCACACCAUCCGUGACACCAGGUCGUGUAGGCACAAAGGUCACAAUCCUUUGUCCGCAACUCGACAUUGGCGCUAACAGCGAUGUCUGGGAUGAAGCUCUCCAAGGCUCGGCACCGGGUGAACAACGCUCCUCCCGCUCCGGCGCGAUGGGUAUCGGCUACGAGAAAGUCGCCGAAGCAGGAAAAGUCUGGGACAAGGGUCGUAACUGGACAACAGUCGCGAUAGAAGUCGUUCCAGGAACGCUACCGGGUGGUGGUCGUCGUCGUGCCUCUAGGGCGAAUGACGACUUCAACGAUGGCGACGACGAUGACGAUGAUGACAGCCUCGAUGGAAAGAACUUCGACUGGAGCGGCCAAUCCAAGGAUCCCAAUGAACAGCUCCAACCUGAUGAAGAUGUGCUUGAGAUUCCGAUAUUUGUUAGGAUGGAAUGGGACUCGGAGAAUCAGAUGGAGCAGUCUGUUAGUAAGAGUUCUGAUACUGUUAAGAGGGAGUUGGCGUAUUGGAUGGUUUUGGGGGUGGGGAGGAUUUCGCCAGAAUUGGAGGGUUAA